AUGCGCCCCAGGUGUGUUGUCAGGGACAUGGCGAAGCCUGCUGUCUGCAAAACACCAAGAAAUGCUGAAAGCCAGCCCCAUCAACCACCACUGAGAUUGCAUCAACAGUUUGAAAGCUAUAAGGAGCAAGUGAGAAAAAUUGGAGAGGAAGCGCGGCGUUACCAGGGCGAGCACAAAGAUGAUGCCCCGACUUGUGGAAUCUGCCAUAAGACAAAGUUCGCUGAUGGAUGUGGCCAUCUUUGCUCCUAUUGUCGCACCAAGUUCUGUGCACGCUGUGGAGGUCGUGUGUCCCUGCGAUCGAACAAUGAGGACAAAGUGGUUAUGUGGGUAUGCAAUUUAUGUCGAAAGCAACAAGAAAUCUUAACCAAAUCUGGAGCAUGGUUCUUUGGAAGUGGCCCUCAGCAGCCCAGUCAGGAUGGGACUCUGAGUGACACAGCUACAGGUGCUGGAUCUGAGGUGCCAAGAGAAAAGAAAGCACGACUCCAAGAGCGAUCGAGGUCUCAGACACCCUUGAGUACAGCCGCUGCCUCUUCCCAAGACACUGCUUCCCCUGGUGCAGCACUGGACAGAAACAAAGGGGUUGAGCCUUCACAGCAAGCCGUGGGACCUGAACAGAAGCAGGCAUCAAGGUCUAUAAGCGAGCCACCAAGGGAAAGGAAGAAGGCUCCAGGGCUUUCAGAGCAGAAUGGCAAGGGAGGCCUGAAGAGCGAGCGCAAACGCGUGCCUAAGUCCGCGGUGCAGCCCGGGGAGGGGACCGCGGAAGAGCGGGAGCGGAAGGAAAGGCGGGAAACCCGCAGGCUGGAGAGAGGGCGCUCCCAGGACUACCCGGACCGGCCGGAGAAACGCGAGGAUGGCAGGGCGGCGGAGGACGAGAAGCAGAGGAAAGAGGAGGAGUACCAGACCAGGUCCGAGUCCGUGCGACCGUCCCCGCCCAAGCCGCACCGGCCCAAGCGGGGAGGCAAGAGGCGACAGAUGUCGGUGAGCAGCUCCGAGGAAGAGGGCGUGUCCACGCCGGAGUACACCAGCUGUGAGGACGUGGAGCUGGAGAGCGAGAGCGUGAGCGAGAAAGGUGAUUUGGAUUAUUACUGGUUGGAUCCUGCGACGUGGCACAGCCGGGAAACGUCUCCUAUUAGUUCGCAUCCUGUAACGUGGCAGCCGUCAAAAGAGGGAGACCGAUUAAUUGGCCGUGUUGUUCUUAACAAAAGAACAACCAUGCCCAAAGAAUCAGGUGCAUUAUUGGGUCUGAAAGUGGUUGGAGGAAAAAUGACAGACUUAGGACGCCUUGGUGCUUUCAUCACCAAAGUAAAGAAGGGUAGCCUGGCAGAUGUGGUUGGACACCUAAGAGCAGGGGAUGAAGUUCUAGAGUGGAAUGGUAAACCCCUGCCGGGAGCAACAAACGAAGAAGUUUACAACAUUAUUUUAGAAUCAAAAUCAGAACCUCAAGUUGAAAUUAUUGUUUCAAGGCCUAUUGGUGAUAUCCCCCGGAUCCCUGAGAGCUCCCAUCCUCCCUUGGAGUCCAGUUCAAGUUCCUUUGAAUCUCAGAAGAUGGAAAGGCCUUCCAUUUCUGUUAUUUCUCCAACCAGCCCUGGAGCUCUGAAAGAUGCCCCACAAGUCUUGCCAGGGCAACUCUCUGUGAAGCUCUGGUAUGAUAAAGUGGGACACCAGCUGAUUGUGAAUGUUCUACAAGCAACUGAUCUGCCCCCUAGAGUAGAUGGCCGCCCCAGGAAUCCCUAUGUAAAAAUGUACUUUCUUCCAGAUAGAAGCGACAAAAGUAAAAGAAGGACCAAAACAGUAAAGAAAAUUCUAGAACCAAAAUGGAAUCAAACAUUUGUCUACUCACACGUGCAUCGUAGAGAUUUUCGGGAGCGAAUGUUAGAAAUUACUGUGUGGGAUCAGCCAAGAGUACAAGAGGAAGAAAGUGAAUUUCUUGGAGAGAUCCUCAUAGAAUUGGAAACGGCACUUUUAGAUGAUGAGCCCCAUUGGUAUAAACUCCAGACACAUGAUGAAUCUUCACUACCUCUGCCUCAGCCAUCACCGUUCAUGCCACGGCGGCACAUUCAUGGAGAGAGCUCCAGCAAAAAACUACAAAGAUCUCAGCGAAUCAGUGAUAGUGACAUCUCAGAUUAUGAGGUUGAUGAUGGUAUUGGAGUAGUGCCUCCAGUGGGUUAUAGAGCUAGUGCUAGAGAAAGUAAAGCAACAACAUUAACAGUACCAGAGCAACAAAGAACGACUCAUCACCGCUCACGGUCGGUGUCUCCUCAUCGCGGCGAUGAUCAGGGAAGGCCGCGUUCACGUUUACCAAAUGUGCCAUUACAGAGGAGCUUAGAUGAAAUUCAUCCAACAAGAAGGUCACGCUCUCCAACCAGACACCAUGAUGCCUCCCGAAGUCCGGUCGAUCACAGAUCCAGACAUAUGGAAAGUCAGUAUUCAUCAGAACAAGAAAGUGAGCUUCUCAUGCUGCCCAGAGCAAAACGAGGACGAAGUGCAGAGUGCCUACACACGACCAGAUAUCUUGUUAGGCACUCUAAUACAUUACCACCCAAGAUGCCUUUGUUGCAAAACAACUAUCUUUGGAUCAACAGCACAAUCCUGCCUGCACACACUAAGACCAGAUCAGUGACUAGACAGGAUAUUCCCCUUCGUUGAAACUUGAGCGUGCUGAGACUGACUGACGAGUUACCUGUUAGCUAAGCACAUCAGGAACUGCAGCCCUCCCUUGCCAGGGCUAAGAGUGCUAGUACCAACUGCUUGAGACCAGACACUAGUUUGCAUUCACCAGAACGAGAAAGGGGUAGAUGGUCCCCCUCCCUAGAUAGGAGGCGACCUCCUAGCCCCAGGAUUCAAAUCCAGCAUGCAUCUCCGGAGAAUGACAGGCACUCCAGAAAGUCUGAAAGAUCUAGCAUCCAAAAACAGACUAGGAAAGGCACAGCCUCCGAUGCAGACAGGGUUCUCCCAUCAUGCCUUUCUAGAAGGGGAUACGCAAUCCCAAGAGCAACUGAUCAAGCAGUCAUUAGGGGAAAGCAUCCCACUCGCUCACGGUCGAGCGAGCACUCUAGUGUCAGAACCCUGUGUUCUAUGCACCACCUUACCCCCGGAGGCUCGGCGCCACCUUCUCCGCUUCUGACAAGAACGCACCGACAAGGAAGCCCAACCCAGUCUCCUCCAACAGACACAUCCUUCAGCAGUCGCCGGGGAAGACAGCUUCCACAGGUGCCAGUUCGAAGCGGCAGUAUAGAACAAGCAAGCUUAGUAGUGGAGGAGCGAACAAGACAGAUGAAAAUGAAAGUUCACCGGUUUAAGCAGACAGCAGGGUCUGGGUCUAGCCAAGAACUUGAUCGCGAGCAAUAUUCCAAGUAUAACAUACAUAAAGAUCAGUACAGAAGCUGUGAUAACGUCUCUGCCAAGUCAUCAGAUAGUGAUGUCAGUGAUGUGUCCGCCAUUUCCCGAACCAGCAGUGCCUCACGCCUCAGCAGCACAAGCUUUAUGUCAGAGCAAUCUGAGCGCCCCAGGGGUAGGAUCAGUUCAUUUACCCCCAAAAUGCAAGGCAGACGGAUGGGGACUUCAGGAAGAGCCAUCAUUAAGAGCACCAGUGUAAGUGGAGAGAUGUACACGCUGGAGCAUAAUGACGGCAGCCAGUCAGACACGGCCGUGGGGACCGUUGGAGCAGGUGGAAAGAAGCGGAGAUCCAGCUUGAGUGCCAAAGUGGUAGCCAUCGUAUCUCGCAGAAGCAGAAGCACGUCGCAGCUCAGCCAGACAGGUGAGUACAGUGCUCUCCGCCUCGCACAACUGGGUUGUGCUGGAGAUGCCCGGGUUGUGGUUUUCAUGUCAGGACUUGAAAUAGGAUUGUGCCUGUGUUCGGUUUCUCUUUUCUGUGUCUGA